AUUAUUGCAAGUUUUUUUUCUAUUUAUAAAUCAAACAAUUUUAAAAAGAAUAUUUCAUUAAGCAUAUAAAUAAAAAAAUAUUCAAACAUUGUUGAUUCUUCAUUUUUGUAAAAACAUUUAAAGUAAGUAAAUUUUAUAAUUUAGAAUCCAGACUUGCUUGCUGAUUUGUUCUAGUUUGUUUUCUUAAAUCAAAAACUCAAUUCUAAAUCAAUCUUAUCACUUUCAUUAGAGGGCGAUCUUAAAGUUAUCAAUAACAGUGGUGCUGGAGAUAAAUUCAUUAAAGUUAAGCAAGUUAAAUAUAUAAACAUAAUCAUCUUAUUUAUAAUGAGUCACUGGAUUAUUUAAAAUGGAAGAGUAAACUCAUAUGUUCUAUUUUCAGCGCUUCUAUCAACUGGGAUAUUAAGCGGAAUAGUAAUGAAGUUUCAGCAGAGAUGCAUAGUAGAUGGAAUCAGAUUUAAUCAUCCCUUUAUGCAAACAUUAUUGAUGUUUAUAGGUGAAAUGUUUUGCUAUUUUUGCGUAUCGAUUUAUAGGUGCUUUUGGAAAUCUAGAUUUAAUAAAGAUCGCGAAAAAGAGUAAGAAUAGGGCAAGAAACUUAAACUUAAUAAAUUCUUACUAGUUAUCCCUAGUCUUUUAGAUUUCGUUGGAUCUUCUGUCACUUUGGUAGCUAUGUCAAUGAUGCCUUUCUCAGUCUACUACAUGAUGAGAGGAGGAGGUGUAAUUAUAACUGCAAUUUUGUCUGUGCUAUGCCUAAAAACAGAACUGGAAAGACAGAAUUAUGUUGGACUGCUUUUGAACUUCAUAGGAUUUUUAAUAGUUGGAAUAUCUGCUGUUUUAUACAGCCCUACUGAUUAAGAUACUACCUAUCUUAUAUUUGGUAUAAUGCUUAUUAUUGUUUCGCUUUUUAUUGCUUCUACUUAGUUCGUGUUUGAUGAGUACAUCUUCAUGAAAUACAGCAUUAAUCCGUUUGAGGAAAUUGGGUGGGAAGGAAUCUGGGGAGUCUUAAUUAAUGGCUUUGCUUUAAUUGCUUUUGUGUAAAUUCCCUGUCCUAGCUUCAUCAGUGACUGUCCAGAUGGUAAACUUGAGAGUGUAACUUUGUUUUUUGAGUCAAUUUCUACUAUGAAAGGAGAUGACCAACCUGCUUUGAUAUAUCUGGUUAUAUUUUCGAUUUUUGUAUUGAUGUUAAUGAAUGGUAUUAGUGCUUGCAUAAUUAAGUAUCAUGGUGCCCUUAACAAAACAAUGGUUUCUGCCGUAUCUCCUUUUGUUGUUUGGAUAAUUACCAUUUGGCUGAAGUGGGAUGUGUUUAAUUUUGGACAAUUCACUGGCUAUAGUGUAAUCACUCUUGGCACUCUCCUCUAUACAGAAGUUUUAGUGCUACCAUUUUGGGGUCUUAACAAAAAGCUUAUCAUGAAAAAAUAAAUUCAAAGCAAAAAUUUAAAAGUCAAAGUAAAAAACGAUAACAAACAAAAAAUAAAUAACAAAGAAGAGAAUAAACAAACUCAAUAAAUAGACAAAUCCUUAAAAGUGGAUGCUACUUAAAUAAUUUAAAGCAGCUAAACACCUCCUCAAAAUGCUUUACCAACCAGCAAUAAUCAUAAAAAUGAAUAAUGUGUAAUAAAUAUUGAAAAUGCUCCUUAUUAAAUCUCUAAAAUUCAAUGA